CUGUGUUAUGUGGAUGAAAUCGAUGGCGUUAUCCUCUCCCAUUUCCCAAACAAAACAAAAGCCAUUGAUUUCAAGUUUCAAGUUUCAAGCUUCAACAACAGGAACAGCCUCUCUUCUCUUAACGGUCACUCACUCCAACCAAAUCCAAAAUGCCAACGUCACUCUCUCUCUCACUCUUCCUUUGUCAUCACCACACCCCAUCUCUCCUUCAUAACCCUCUCACUCACUACAACAACUUUCCCAAUACAAGGACAGGUAAGAGGAGACCCUCUAACUCUAACAGAAGAGAUCCAAAUGGGUUGCCAUUUCUCUGCUCAUUCUCUUCCUUUAAGUCCAAUGACACUGCACAACCAGCCAACGAUGGAAGAAGGGCAUUGCUUGCUUCUCUCCUCACAACUGCUGCUGGCGUUUGUGCCUGUGAUGUGGCUGAGGCUGUAAGCACAAGUAGAAGAGCUCUAAGAGGAGCAAAAGUACCUGAAAGUGAAUUUACAACCCUCCCCAAUGGUCUGAAGUAUUAUGAUUUGAAGGUUGGGGGUGGAGCUAAGGCUGAAAAGGGAUCCCGGGUUGCAGUUCACUACGUUGCUAAAUGGAAGGGUGUCACUUUUAUGACUAGUAGACAAGGACUUGGUGUUGGAGGAGGAACGCCAUAUGGAUUUGAUGUAGGCGAGUCAGAGAGGGGAAAUGUCCUUAGAGGAUUGGAUCUAGGUGUACAAGGCAUGAAGGUUGGAGGCCAGCGAUUACUUAUUGUUCCUCCUGAGCUAGCUUAUGGAAGCAAAGGAGUCCAGGAAAUCCCUCCCAAUGCAACAAUAGAGUUGGAUGUUGAACUACUGGCCAUCAAACAAAGCCCAUUUGGGUCUCCUGUAAAAAUUGUUGAAGGUUGAUGCUGUUAUGCCCUCCUGAUGCUGUCAUGUUGGUAAUGAUUUGUUCAUAUGGGAUUGAAGGAUGAAAACUUGUGGGUGAAAAGGAUUUCUUCCUUGUAUAGGCCUUUACUGUGAACCACAGACCUUCAGUUUCAUUUGUUCCCGGACAAAAAAAAGAAAAAAAGAAAAAAAGACUACAUAAAUUGAUAAUGUAUGUAAUUGUUCUUGUAAGUACUGUUUAUGACCUUUAAUAAAUAUCCUUCAACUUUUCGUUUUCUCAAAA